AUGAUGGAAAACUUUUUCACGAACAACUCUGGUAUCGUAAACAAAACGCUUGACGACGGUUUAUGUCAUCCCCACAUCACAUUCGAAAAUGAAAACACUCCAAAUCUUUUCAUCGUCCUCAAUUCCACCGCGAACAUCAUCCUGAUGAUAGUAUCGAUCAUAGCAAACAGCUCGGUGAUAGCAGCAGUGUGGAAAACGCCUUCCUUACGGUAUCCUUCAAUUUUGUUUCUUUGUAAUCUGGCAUUGUCUGAUGUUAUUGUUGGUUUGGUGGUAGAGCCUUUAUUUAUCACGGUGGAAUUGUUAAAACUUCAUGGUUAUCCAAAAGGAGAUAAUUGUAGGCUGCAGACGGCAUUUAUCACCAUUGGACGUUUAGUUGGAGAGGUUUCGUUUGCGACCGUAACUCUUACAAGCGUGGAUAGAUUCCUAGCAAUUCACUAUCCCCUGAGGUACGACACCAUCGUCACUAACUCUCGGGCAUACUUUAUCGUUAUUUCGUGUUGGGUCGUCUGUGCUUUUUGUUCUAGUUUGAACCACUGGAGCUGGAAGGCAUAUAGGUGUGUAGUAGUCGUUUUCAUGGCAGUGUUUCUCGGUAUAUCUACAGUCAUCCAAAUUAAGAUCUAUCGAAUCGUCCGCCGCCACAGAAGAGAAAUCCAGGCUCAGGAACAAGCAGUACACAUAACACACCAUUUCAACUUGGUGCAGUUCACUAAAUCAUGCGUUAACACGUUCCUUGUGUACUGUGUCGUAUUACUGUGUUACUUGCCGUUUUUCAUCGUUUGUAUUUUGAGCUCUAUAGACGAUAAGGUAAUUUCGCCGCUAGUGUGGAAACUGGUUCACACAGCUAUGUUUCUAAACUCAGCUCUGAAUCCGUUCCUUUACUGCUGGCGACUCCCAGCUAUAAGAGGUCCCGUUAUGCUUUUUGUCAGGAAGAUUUUCUGCCCCAAGAAAGUCACCACGGGGUAAAACUGACGUAUAUAACAAGAACUGAAGUAUAUAACAAGAGAAGAUAUUCUGCAAACUCCAAGCAACGGUUUUUAAUAAUUAAAUACAGUCGAAUUGUAUUUUCAUGUAAAGUUAAAAUCUGUUUGCUCGUCAGUUGAAAACACGGCUUGUAUAACGAAAGCACUUUGAUAUAGGAUUAGUUAAACAGAGGUGUUCAGUAAAAGUUAGACCUCGCAGUCAAGAUUAUCAAAAAGCAAAAAAAGGUUAUUAGGGCGCGUUUGUAAUUAUCUCAGUCAUAGAAAAAUGAAAGGGCCAGACAAAGUCUAGAGCACUUACAUGCUAGUUGUCCCUUAAUACGAUACUAGAAAAUCUCUGACUCUUCUGUAUUAGUAAUUUGAAAUUUAUUUAACCAAUUUACCUACCAAAAUGUUGAAAAAAAAAUUUAAAAGUCAAAUCAUGCAUUAAAUAUAUGCAUGCACUGAUAAAAGGAAAAACAUUGUUUAUAAUAAUUCUUUGAGUGGUGAGUCAUACAGAAGCUCACCAAAACCUAUUUUCGUUUCAUUGAUUAUGUUACACUUCCUUUUUCUUAAGAGGAGAUCUUUCUCAUUACAGAGUAAUUGAACAUGUACAAGUCCUUGCUUUUGUAAUCUCAAACACAUUUUAAAGACUGCGCGAGGUGGAGUUUGUUUUCAAGCAUUAGCAUAAGUUCAUCAGAGAUGCAUUGCUUUUCAUUUCGCAUCGUGCGAGUCAUGAUUUCGGGCUUGAAAAGAAGACCACUUUUUGUGACAGAAUACUUAAAUUUGCUGAUUCCUUCGAAAGAUUUGUGUGCCAUAGAUUUGGUAUUUGGUAAACAUUUUUAACUUAGCCACUGAAAAAUCAUUUUUAAUGAAAGUUCGUUAGUUUAAUGGUACUAUGAUCUAAUAAAAGCUGAACAAAGAGACAGCGGACUGGGGCUAGAUAUCGCAUUCUUGUGGUCGUAACGUCCUAUAUGUACUAUGAACUAAAAGUGCCCCCAGAGUAUUAGCACACCGAUUCUACUGAAAAUAAAAGGUUUUAUAUAAAGAAGUGUAAAAUCUAUCAGAAUAAAAAAAGGGUGGCUUGAUCAGAAUUUUUCGAAUCAUUGGUGCAAAAAUCUAGCUUUGAUCCUCACUUUAAGAUAAGAGAAGGUGUGGUCCUUUCU